GCUGGGAAUUGUAGGCCACCACAUAGUCGGGACAACAGGCUCCGGGAGGCAGAGCGAGGAGGACGUCGGGCGGGCCGUCGCCUUCCGAUUGAGGAGGAGGCCGCUUCCUUCGCGGCUGCUGGGCGAUGGCGCUGCGGCAAGCGCUGGGCCGGGGGCUGCAGCUGGGCCGGGGGCUGCUGUGGCGCUGGCUGGGAGGAGGGCCUCCGGCGGCCGCCGCGCCCCGGCCGGCCUUGGCCGCUGCCCUUCGCCCUGCGCCGCCGCCACUGCAGCCCCGCUCGGGCUUCUUUCUACGCGAGGCCGCGGCCCGGCUAGGCCUGCGGGCUCCGGGGCUGCUGCUGCGCUCUCGCCGGCACUGGGGCGGCCCCCGCCGCCUCGGCGUGGCCUUGAGCCUCGGGCUGGCCCUGCUGGAGCCCGCGCUGGCCGAGAGGAGGCAGGUGGCCGAGGCCUGCCAGGACAUCCAGACAAUAUUUAUCCCGAGGAAUAAGCCCCAGAAAAACCCCCUCGGUUUAUUCCGCCAGCGGGGCUUCAAUUUGGAAGAGUACUCCAUCGGCCAAUCCAUUGGCAAGGGCUGUAGCGCUGCUGUGUACGAAGCAUCCACUCCUUUUGCUGCCGGUUACGAAACAGGCACAGAGCCGAGAGCUGGAGGCUGCAGCCGUGAUGGGGGCUUGGAUGGCCAGGCUGCAGAGGAAGGCCUUUGCCAUACAGCUUCUUGGAGAGCCAGCUUCCCCUUGGCUAUCAAGAUGAUGUGGAACAUUUCGGCUGGAUCUUCCAGUGAAGCCAUCCUCAGGACCAUGUCCCAGGAGCUGGUUCCAGCCAGUGGUUCUGCCUUCCCUGGAGAAUUUGGAACAAUCUCUUCUCCCAGGAAAGCCAUCUUUGGGAAGACGCGGCUGACACCUCACCCCAAUAUCGUCCAGGUGAUCCGCGCAUUCACGUCUCGCGUCCCGCUGCUCCCCGGAGCCACGGUAGACUAUCCAGAUGUUCUGCCCGCCACCCUGAACCCCUCGGGAAUCGGGCACAGCUGCACCCUCUUCCUGGUGAUGAAGAAUUACCCAUGCACUCUGCGUCAGUAUCUCUGCGAGAGGAGACCCAACGCCCGCCUGAGCACCAUGAUGCUCCUGCAGUUACUGGAAGGGGUGGACCAUCUCGUCCGGCACGGCGUGGCUCACAGGGACCUGAAGUCCGACAACAUCCUGGUCGAAUUUGAUUCCGCUGGGUGCCCGUGGCUGGUGAUCACAGACUUUGGCUGCUGCUUGGCUGAUGCAGAAAUUGGGUUGAAACUCCCUUUUACCAGUUGGUACGUGGAUCGUGGCGGUAACAGCUGCCUCAUGGCGCCAGAGGUGGCCACCGCUGUCCCUGGCCCAGGGAUGGUGAUCGAUUACACCCAAGCAGACACCUGGGCGGUUGGCGCCCUUGCCUAUGAGAUCUUCGGUGCCAGCAACCCUUUCUACGGCCAAGGCGCAGCAGCUCUCGAGAGCAGGAGCUACCGGGAGGAGGAUCUGCCGCCCUUUCCCUGCUCGGCGCCCCUCGAAGUGAAGGAGCUGGUGGCGAGGCUGCUUCGACGCGAUCCCAGGAAGAGACUCCCGCCCCGAGUGGCAGCCAACAUCCUCCACCUGAGCCUCUGGGGCGAAAAUAUUCUGGACCCCAAGAAUCGGAGACCUGACCCGAUGACUGGCUGGCUGCUUCACCAAUCAGCUGUCACCUUACUGAUGGACCGGCUGGGAGACGGAAGCAGGGUGGAGACGAAGCUGAAGCGGUGCUUCCUGGCAAACCUGGAGUAUGACGAUCUCUGGGAGGCAGCAGCCUUGCUCCGCUCUUGGAGAAGCGCAGCGCUGUGAUGGCAGCGCUCCCACCUGCUCUUGGCCUCCGCUGCCGUUUCCUCCGAUGCGCCACUAAAAGCACUUCCCUGACUCAGAGGACUUGAUUUGUCUUCUUUGCAGGCCUGAAAAACCUUUAGGUAAGAAGCAACUUCUAAGGCAGGGCUGGGCAAAGUUGGCCCUCUGGCUGUUGUUGAACUACAACUCCCAUCAUCCCUCGUCACAAUCGCCGGGGAUGGUGGGAGUUGUAGUUCAGCAACAGCCAGAGGGCCAAGUUUUCCCUCCUCUGUUCAAAGGGAUGUAGUUAGAAGCACUGUUGGGUUAGAUCCUGCUCUAGGAAUAACGGGUGUUGUCACUACAUUUCCUUUUUGCUUCUGAAGAAACACAAGUUGAUCUGUUGCGUUGUGCUGCUUUUAAACUAGCUCUGGUGACUUCGCUUCCCUUCCGAGAGUUGGGUCGUUGCUUCCCUGGGAAGGGAGCGAUUCUAUAUAAAACAUGAUGUGAUCCCUCUGACGGAUUCCCAGAGGUUGUGGACUACAUCUCCCAGAAUCCCCAAGCAAAAGCCAUUGCAGCUGGGGAUUCUGGGAGUUGUAGUCAACAACCUCUGGGAAUCCCUGCUAGAGGAAACACUGGAUGUGAUGUAUUCAUUUUAAGCCCCACCCCACCCAAUUCAGAAAACGGAGACAAAUGGUUGAAUCUCUUUCUCCCUUGCCCCACCCUGCCCCACGGGGGCCAUUCACACCAGCAUUUCUCCUGAGACUCUAUCAAUACUUGCCAGCUAAUCUCUACACUGAUAAAAGGCAAAGCUGCAGGGGGCUCCCUUUCAAGUGGGGUCGGGAGGCCUCCUCCUGGCUGGUAGCCAUGGGCCACGAACCCAGCCUGCCCCCUUCACAGCCUGCCCGCUGCUAUCUUUAUUUAAUUCCUUUAUUAAUUUAUUUUCAUUUAUGCUGCUAAUUAGCCAUCUCCGCACAGGGACGGGCAACCUUGGCCCUCCCGCUGUUGCUGGACUACAACUCCCAUCAUUCUUGACUGGGAGUGAUGGGAGUUGUAGUUCAGCAACAGCGCGCGGGUGUGGGGGGCAAGUUUGCCCCCACCCUUGUCUUCGCACCCCAGGACAUUAAGAGCAUCUUCAGAUGAUAACAAGGAAACUGAGGGGCAGUGUUGAUUUCUAGAAAGCGGCCAUCUGCACUCCUGGCAGUCAUCCCAAAAACCCGGGAGUCGAUUCCUGCAGAAACUGUGCCAUGCCGUUGGUCUGGUUUGGGUCACAUCUUUAAGAUGUGCCCUUCAGGGGGGCUCCUUUGCCCCUGGAUGGUUCCCACGUUAGCUGAGGCUUUGGGAAAGAAAGCGAAAUACAGGCAGAGCCGUGGUUGAGUCCCCUUCGACUAAGUCUUGAGUCCCCUUCGACCUGUGCCAGCUUAAAAGAGCCCUCUCAUUUGAGAGCAGAAAGAAGAGUCGAUGAUCAACUGAAGAGGAAUAAUAAUCUUUGGCCGGUGGUGAGCAUUUCUAAUGACCCUCUCGUUAGACUUCGCCCCCUGAGCUCUUUUGUUGCCCGCUGUUUGUAGGGUUGAUUAUUUCCCUGCAAUAAAAUGUGUGUGCUCUUGCUCCGGA